UAUAGUUUACAGUAAAGGCGGCGAAUGUGCAAAUUCACAUUGACACUCACUGCGUGACGGAAUAGAAAAUGUCUAAUUCAUUGUCAAUGUGAAGGCCGCAAGGACAUGGUCAAUUAUUUUCAUGCGCGCAUGGAGUAGACAAUUACACAUGGUGAGUGUAAUUCGCCGAAGUACGAAGUAAGACAAAAUCACAGUGAAAGGCCUCACGGUAUAUUAAGACGAGAAAUGCCGAACAUGUAUCAGUCGCACAAGAGACUUGUGCUAUCAACAGACCGAAAUACACGUGUUCGAAUAUGAGUAGAAUCGUGCUUCUUUCUCUGGUGUCUCUGGCUGCGGCUGCGCCGGUAAUCGUGGACCAGGAUGGCAGACACUAUAUGAUGCAAAUAUUCAAGAUCCAGCCCACAAUCGAUCGAUCCGAUCAAGAAAUUUCUGGUACUUCCGGCAGCGGUUAUGAUAGCAGUUACGGAAGUAGCUACGGGGGUAGCUAUGGUGGCAGUGCGGAUUAUGGGAGCGAUCAUGGGGGUGAUUUCAGUGGUGGUUCCAGUGGGCAUUUAGAAUCAUCGAGCGGUCUUGACAGUAGUCAUCAGGAUUUUUCUUCCGGUGGUGGAUAUGAUGGUGGUCAUGGCAGUGAUGAUGGCGGUCAUGGAAUAUCGCUGGACAGUGGACAUAAUUACGUUCAUAGUGUUCCUGUUUCCGAACAUGUCGAAGUGACAAAACCCGUAGCUAUACCGGUUUAUAAACAUAUCGGUGUGCCAGUUCCGAAAUCAGUACCGAUAGCCGUGCCACAUCCGGUAGCAGUUGGUGUUCCACAACCUUAUCCUGUUCAUGUUCCUGUACCAAAGCAUAUUCCUAUACAGGUAAUAAAAACGGUGGCAAUUCCAGUAGAGAAGAAAGUUCCUUAUCCUAUAGAGAAGCACAUACCGGUACCCGUCGAGAAGCCAGUUCCCAUCACGAUCGAGAAACAUAUUCCUGUUCCAGUCGUGAAACCAUAUCCCAUCAAAAUUCCCGUUUACAAGACUAUUUAUCAUCACGCAAAAAAGCAUUUGUUUAAGAUUGUGCUGUUGGGAAUUGUCGCUUGUUCCUAUAGUUCCAACUGGGGCUUUGAUAAUUAUGGUGGAGACGGGCUUACACUGGGGGAAAUCUCUAUAAACCAUCAUGACUUGGGAAGUUUUAAUCUGGGAGAAACAGGAAGUCAUUCCUUAGAUAUUUCGGAAGAUCAUUCAUCUCUUUCAAAUGAAAUUAGUGAUUGGCACUCGAGCAUUAGCAGUUUUCAUGGAGCUAAUGUAAUUCCUGUGGUUAAGCACAUCGGAAUACCAACAAUCAAAAAAGUUCCGAUUAACAUUCCGCAUCCAGUGGUGCAAACAGUUCCACAACCUUACCCUGUUACUGUGGUAAUACCAAAGCCUGUACCAUAUGAGGUGGAGAAGCAAAUAAUUAAGACAGUCGAGAAAAAAGUACCAACGCCCGUCGAGAAAAUAAUACCGAUUAAGAUCGAGAAACCGGUGCCGUUUCACGUAGUAAAACACGUUCCUGUUCCGGUCGAAAAACCGAUUCCGAUUAAAAUUCCGAUCUACAAAACUAUUGUACACAAAGGCCAUUGAUUUCUCUGUGUUACAGAAAUAUGUUUCUAUUGUUGUUAUUAUU